GAUAGUCGUAGGUGGAUGGACGUGGAUGGUUCUUGGGUGUACAGCACAAACCACCCCAGGAGGCAGCCAGACAGUCACCUGAGAUAUAGCACUUUACCUGGCAGAAACCAUGAUGUAUACAGAGGAGUCCCAGACAUGUCCAGACGGCCAGCAGAUAGCAGAGGAAAAUAUGGCACCAUCCCCGGCAGGCAUGUUAACAGAGGGCCUAUAAAAGAUCACUUGCCAUUCAGACAAUGGUCACCAUCCAGACUGCAACAGACGGCAGUCUUGCAAGAUUCUACAAACUGGGAACCAUUCCUUUCAUUGGGAAAUAGAGUGGCUUCAGUGGGGCGAUUAGAACCAAAUGCUGAUUCCAGAAUAAGAGAGAGAUCUUGGUAUGACUGGGACAUACCUACAAGAAACACUUUAGAGCAUGAAAGAAGACGACACAAAUUGCCCAGAGAUUUAGAAAUUGGGAAUCUUUCCCCUGUAAAUAAAGACAAGCACAAAGGGAAGCUUAUGAAAGUAGAUUCUGUCUAUGGAGAAUGGCAACCGGAAAAUAGGCUUGAGAAUAAGAUGAAAGCAUUAAAUCCAAAUGAAUGGGAACCUUUACCUUACCCACCCAAGGCACUGCAAAAUCAGAUGUUAUCACAAAAAAAUAAGCUGGAUCAGCCUCCACCAGAAAAAACAACUUCACUAGUGAGUGCCACUGGAACUGCAACUCAAGAGAAGAAAAGCUGGUGGUCCAAACUUGUAAAGCACUCUAAAUCUAUAGCAAGUGAUGUGGUCAAUAUGGAGGCCCCACUAGAGACUCCAAAAGAGAGAGCCAAUAAUGACCAGAGUUACUUAGUUAAUUAUGGAGUCCACAAACUGGAUGGUUUAAAGGAAAAUAUACCUCAAAUAAGGAAGAGAAAAGGACCUCCACCGUAUGUUCCACCACCUUCUUAUAAUUACCCUCAUCGCACCUUUCCUAAUAGCAAAGAUAACCCUACCAACAUUCAGGGACCUAACCAAGAGGUAACCAGUGAUUCAGUUCUGCUAAAUGAAAAAGAGGACUUCCAAGAAAUUAGAGAAAAAUUGCCAAGGUAUAGUGUAGAUCAAUGGAAAGCUCCCAAAAUAAAUUUGCUACAUACCAGUGUGAGAGAGAACAAAGGUGUUGCAGAGAAGAAACUUAAAUGUAACCCCACGUAUCAUAGUGUUAUGCAGGACCGAAAACUUCCAAGAGCUUAUAACACAUGGACAGGAUCUACUUCUGAUGAUUAUCUUGAUCAUAUAUAUGAAGUUGUUGAAGGGGGAAGUCCAAUUUCCAAUAUAGCUACUAGUCAGAAAACAUAUGGUGAUCUAAGCUUACACACAGAUGAAAUGAUCUAUGGAACAGUUGCCAUUCCUCUACAAAGAGAUCCAGCUCUACAAAACACAUUGCCAAGAAUAACUGGCAAAGGAACCCAUGACAGGCUUGAAGCAAACAAGAGCAAGAAUACUACAUCCUGUAGUAAAAGGCAAAUGCCACAGUUCGAUGAUCGUCCUCCAAUUCCACUGCAUGGAGUAAAACUGCCAAGAGAGUUAGGUUUUAGCUAUACAAGCGGAAAAUUUCAGCCUGUUGAUAAGAUGUCAAGAGGAAAAUACACAAAUAUUAAUGAGUCUGAAAACUAUGAACCAGAUGAUAGGUGGAAAAGACCAUUAAGAGUUAUAUCUAGUAAAGAAUCAAAGCUAAGAGCUACGCCAUAUACAAGUAAGCAUGGGUGGUAUAAUUUUACUCUUCCACUAAAUAAAGACUACAUGAAAACAUAUAUGCAGGAGGACAUAGCUUUUUCUAGUCCUAGAAGCAAAAGCACUUUUAAGCAAGAUGCAAUCUUGCCUAAGUGGCGAGAACCUGGAAAAAUAAGUACUUUGCCAAGCAGGGGACGCGAUCACAGUCGCUGGAAGGCUGAAGAUAAGCUGAAGCUAGAAAUGAAACAUAACCCUUUUCAGCCUUCAGUUGUACAGAGUAAUAGGAUGGGUAGAAGAAGAAAUGCAACCAAGGAAGCCCCAGAAAAAAAUCAGGCUCUAUCUUCUAAAGACAGUGAUGGCUUUUUUGUCAUUGAUGCAACAUGUGUGGUGGUCAAGGCAGAAUAUAUUUUUCCACCAGUAAUGGAGCAGGUCACAUUUUUACAUGAUGAACCAUCAAAAGGAGAAGACCUUUCAUGUAAAAAGCAUUUAGCAGUGCCUGGCAAGAAUGAAACAAUACCUAAUCCAUUUGCUUGUUCAAAGACCUCUUCAAGUUCAACAAUGAAAACCUCCUCAGAAAGGAGCCAUUCUGACAUUUACCAUUUUAAGGAGUUGUCUACAGAAAGGGUGGUUCCAAGCAUCACAGAAAGAGCUGUUCGUAUCUUAGGUCUUUCUAUUGGUGAUAUAGAAUCCCUGAGUGAAACUCAAGAUCACAGCCAUGCAAAAGUGUCAAGUCCAAAGUCUGAUAGAACAUACAAAGAUCCCAAGUCUCAUGAAAAAGAAUAUAACUUACAGGGAGGAAACUGUUUUUCCCAAAAAAGAAAUGAUUAUAAACUGAGGGAUUGUAGAGGUCUUCCAUGCAUUCAAGAGGCAGCAGAAUUAUCUGGUGAUUAUGAUGUUCAUAUGACUAUCCAAGAGUCAGAUGAUAGUAAUGCUCCUGUAAAUCCUAAUGACUUGAGAUCAAAAGCAAAUGUGCCAUUUUCCAAUACAAAAUACAGAGAGGGCACAAAAAGCACCAGUGAAUCAUCUACGGUAGAAAGCUAUAAUUCAGAAAUUCAACCAAAAGCACCUAGAGAAAAUCGGAUGAAUGUACAAGAACCACAUGUGCUUACCAAGACCUCCCCCAUGAGAGAAUUAGACAUCUUCCUUCCAAAAGAAAAUAUCUUAGACAUGAGCUCGACCACUGUUCCUGAUCAUAUGACUCUUGAAAUAACCAUAACUGAGCAGUACCAGGAUGUUCUGGAACCCAUGAUUACUGAAGAAACCUGCAAAUCAUCAGAAGAGAUUUUGAAAACGUGUGUUCCUGAAAGGCCAGAAGACACAUGUAUAUUAGACGCUAAUGACACACAACCCCCCUAUGAAGAGAAUACCAUAUAUGUGGUUGAAAAUUACUGUGAAAAAAAACACUUAGAUUCAAACGAAGAGCCUACACUAGAGAAUAAGAAACAGAAAAAUCGAAAUAAAUUUAUCAGGGAAAGUCUGCAAUCUGCCAGCCCUGCUGUGUCAGGUAAAAUUGCUCAUCCAUGUUUGCCACAGAGUAGCCAAAGAGAUGAAGACAGCUACCAGAUUUCUCAAAGACCUUCAUUAAUACCACAAGUAAGGGCAUACACUAGAAGACCUAAUUACUAUGCCAAAGACCUUAGGGAGGCAGUGUCACGAAUCAGACGCCACACUGCCCCUGAUUCUGACACAGAUGAAGACAUAGACCAAUCAGUGCCUGAACUGACUACUCAUGAGGAAGAGGGACCUGAUGAAAGUGUGACUACAGAUAGCUCAGACACAUCAGACUCUGAAGUAACGGUAAUUAUGUGUGAAGCUGAAAAACAAAGAGAUUAUGUUUCACAGUCUAAUGACAUUUCAGAUACAGAAAAUAUGAAUGAAGAUGUGACCAUGGAAGUUUUAAUGGACUCACCAGCUGCACCUGCAGCCUUUCAGAAUGGAGAGAUUGCAGCACAGUGUAACAAAUCUCAUGAACAGGAAUCAGUCUUUGAUCUGAAUUGUUGCAUCAAGGAGAUACUUCAGGAACUGAGUAAAACAGAGCAAGAAUUCUUCUCCAGCAAUGAAGACCAAUGUAAUGACCCUGCAACAGGAAAUGGUCAUACAGAGGAGGAUACGGAUAAAACAUCUUCCAAGUGAAGCAAGCUUUAAGACAUUUUACGAAGCUGAAAAAGGGAUCGCUGUAACCUGAACAUUGGAAUCUUGUGUGGUUGUUUCUUACCAACAGAGAAAGUCAGAUGAUAUAUCCAAAUGGGGUAUUCAAUGGCAAGUGGAAUGCUUCUGACAAAAGUCUUUGUAGAUGGACUGCUCUAUUGUCAGAUGAAAAAUCAACUAUUGUGCAAAAUAAUUUUAAUAGUAACAGGAAUGCUGUUUUUGUAUUGCUGUUUUUAUAGAAUUAGCCAGAUAAUUAAAGUGAAUGCAUUACUUUUUUGUUAGAUGCAGUACAUUACAGUGUAGGAGAAAAAGAGAGUAUUGGGAAGAAAUAACUCAUGUUUUAAGAUGUAAACCAUUAACAUAAGUUUCAAUGUUGCUUGGCUGGAGAUACACUAUUACCAACACUAUAUUGGGCCGCCUGCCUUUACACGCAUGUGAACUUUAAUUGCAUCCCAGUCUUAGUUUGUAGGGUUCAAUACAGACCUGCAUA